GACGAUCAGUUUGAGUGGAUUACCCAGGAUGCUCGGCGUCUUUGUAGCAAGGGAGAAUGUGUGACAAUGGCUGCAAAUAAUACAGCAAAGAACCCACCUUUCGACUGUCCAUCAUGGGCAGGAAAGCCUCCAGCAGGGCUGCAUUUGGACGUGGUGAAAGGAGACAAACUUGUUGAGAAACUGAUCAUUGACGAAAAGAAGUAUUAUUUGUUUGGGAGGAACCCAGACGUCUGUGACUUCACCAUCGACCAUCAGUCGUGCUCUCGCGUGCAUGCGGCCCUCGUCUACCACAAGCAUCUCAAAAGGGUGUUUCUCAUCGACCUCGACAGCACACAUGGGACGUUUCUCGGACACAUUCGUCUGGAGCCCCAGAAGCCCCAGCAGGUUCCUAUCGACUCCACUAUGUCGUUUGGCGCAUCCACACGUGUUUACACCAUUCGGGAGAAACCUCAGAGCCAGCCGGGCACCGGUGUCGGGGAUGGUAAAACUGGUGAUGACGAGGAGCUGAAGGGUCUUCUGGGACUUCCUGAGGAAGAAACUGAACUGGAGAACCUGACUGAGUUCAACACUGCUCAUAACAAGCGCAUCUCCACCCUCACCAUAGAGGAGGGCAACCUGGAUAUUCAGAGACCCAAGAGGAAAAGGAAGAACUCCAGAGUGACCUUCAAUGAAGAGGAUGAGGUCAUUAACCCAGAGGACAUCGACCCCUCUGUUGGACGUUUCAGAAACAUGGUCUCAACAGCUGUGGUUCCUAUUAAGAAGAAGAAAAUGGGUGGCGGUAACGCGCUGGGAAUCGAGGAAACCGUGAACCGACACAUGCACACGUUCCCUUUGCAAGGUGGACUCUACAGAGACCUUCCACCUGCCAGUCAUGAAGCCCAGUCCACAGGAGUUCCCGGCGGAGCCACGAUCCUGGGAGGUCUGCCGUUACCCCUGCCCAACCCGGCCCCGGACGUGGACCUGGCCCAGGAGGCCCCGCCACCACCGCUCGUGCUCAAUCCCACACCGUUACCCGGCCCGUACGCCUCCGACCCGCUCAGCGAACCCCGCAAGAAGAAGUACGCUAAAGAGGCAUGGCCUGGGAAGAAGCCCACACCGUCUCUGCUCAUUUAGCUGCGUGCUAAUAAUAUCAGGAUAUCCUCAUGAACUUUAAUCGUGAAUCUGGCGAACGGACUUUGAUUUCAACUGCACCGAUUUAAUGCAAGGGAUUUGUACGUUUUAAAAGAUCUUUCCUCCAAAAAUUAACAUUGACUCACUCUCGUAUCAUUCCAGAUUCAUAUUACUUUCUAAAUUCAGUGAAAUGCAGAUGGCAAAAUCCUUUUUUUGCAUAGUUCAGUUUAAACAAAAAGAAAUUAGCAUUUUGACCUAUUUUGCUCUGUUUCCCACAGCUUAAUCUGGUCCUGGUCUUAUUAAUCGUCCAUUUUUGUUUUGUUAAAAGAACUGCUUUGACAUUAGAUCUUUUGUGUUCCACAGGAAGGUUGCAGUGACAUGAGGGCGAGUAAAUGACUAAUGCAUUUUGAUUGAUCUGUUUAAAACAGCAGCUUGAAAGUGUGUGAAUUUAAUGAAAAGCAAACAAAAGUACCUGAUCCAAACAACAAAAUGUGUCAUGUUUAGCCUUAGAUGGAAGUGGGUUUACCUUUUUAGAUGUACUUUCUUCUUCUUUUUUUUUUAUAUCAUUAUUUAUGUAAAAUGUUCAGAAGAUUUACCACUAGACAGCAGCAAGUUGUUUCAAACUAGUUGUUUGGCCAUCACACUUACAUGAGCAUCAGAUCUGGUAGAUCAUCAAAAAAUCUGUUAGGUUUUCAAAAUGAAAUGAAAUUUUGCAAUAUUGUAACACUUUACCUUGUGACGAUAUUUACCUCAGCUGUUCCAGACUGUAUUGGUUUCAAACACUCAUUCCCCCUUGAUAUACAAACAGAGUGCAGUGUCGUUUCACAUGAACUGUUGAUGAUAACGUGGUUCAUCAGGGCUCAAUGCAGACGGUCUUCACUGUUAAAGAAAGUAAAAAAGUUUUAUACUUGUUCUUUUUGGUACAUUUGUUGUUUGUACAUAUCACUCACAAUAAAAACCAGUGUAUUUUUUA